AUGCGUGCAUCUGCUUCGCUCUUCGUUCUUGCCGCUGCCAUUUCCGGCUUUCAAGGUGCCUCUGGCGCCGCUAUCCCUCCCAAUGGACAGAAUUUGGCUCAUUCGAGCAUUCACUAUCGAAUUGGGACUCCGAUCCAGACACCUGAAGCUGAAGCAGUAAAGCGGGAUGAGAAUGCCGUGUUACCCACGAGCACCCAAGGGUUUACGCACGAGGUGAAUGGCGUUGACAUGAAUGGUGAUAUUGAGCGCCGGGGUAAGGGCCGUGAUCGCAACAACAACAACAACAACAACAACAACAACAACAACAACAACAACAACAACAAUAACAGCAACAAUGGCAACAGCAACAACAGCCGCGACAGGCCCAGCCCAAAGCCUCAGAAUAUUCCUAAGCCAUCCAAUACUCCUCACCCUAGCCAGCCGACUACCAACAAGCCGGGCCCCCCCAGCCAGUCUGCUCAGCCAAGCAAAUCUGCCCAUCCCCAAGCCAGUCAACCUAACAAGCCGGCUCAAACGAACCAGCCUGCUCAGCCCAGUCAGUCCGCUCAACCCAGCCAGUCCGCUGAGUAUAACAACCCCAUUGAGCCGGACGAGCCUAGCGGCCCCUUUCACAACAUCGAAUUCAACCCUGAGAUCAACUUUUCCGAUCCCACGCAAUCGGACCCUACGCAGGACCCCGCUCAGGAACAGGAAAACCCUGAGAACCCUGAGAACCCCGGAGAAGAGGCCCCUCCCGCUCCCGCUCGCCGCGACCUUUCUAAGCGUGAGAAGCAUAGCAGACCCAGCAAUCCCACCAACAAGCCUAACAAGCCUAUCCAGUCCGAAAAUAAGCCCAGCAACACCCCCAAGCCCAACAACAACGAGCCUAGCAACACCGCCAAGUCGACUCCUAAGCCCGCCACCACCCAGUACGCCCAACCUACUCCCUCCAACUACGCUUCUUCCUCUGCUCACUCUCACCCUACCCCUUCUUACCACCCCAAAAAGCCCGACAAUCAGCCCGACAACGGGCCUGACAACGAGCCCGGCCAUGAGGUCUCCAUCAACCCCGAAAUAAACCUCUCCGACCCCACCCAGGAACAAGAGCAAGAGCAGAAUCCGGAGGAGAACAACGGUGACCUUGUCCGCAGGGACCCCCGUGGCAGCAGGGGACGCCAUCACCACCAUCAUAUCGGGUUGAACCCUACCUUCAACUUCGACCCCACCCAGGACAACGGUGAUGGCGACAACAGCAACGAUGACAGCAGCCUUACCCGCCGGGACCCUCGCGGUGGACGCGGCCGUACUCACCACCACACCAACUUCGAGUUUAAUCCUACCGUUAACCUUCCUGAUACCCUUAACUUCGGUGGUGGCAAUGGUGACAAAGGAGAUGGUGAUGACAGCCAGAACUGA